GGCUGGAAGUGCGUGCGCGCUCCUUCCGGCAGCGGCUCCGCUAUGGCAGAGGGGAGUGGGCCUGCCCUCGACGCCCGGCCUCACGUGUGAAUAUUCUCCUUUCUCAUGCCUCCCUCAGACUGUCCGGGCACUGGCAGCGAUGAGGCAGGCAAGGCUGAUGCCUGCCAAGGAUGCCCCAACCAGGGCUUGUGUUCCUCGGGGCAACUUGCUGGCCCCGACCCAGCUCUUGAGGAAAUCAAGGAAAAAAUGAAAACGGUGAAGCACAAGCUCCUGGUGCUUUCUGGGAAAGGAGGCGUGGGUAAGAGCACGUUCACCGCUCUUUUGGCACACGGCUUAGCAGAGGAUGAAACUACCCAGAUCGCCGUGCUGGACGCUGACAUUUGUGGACCAUCCAUGCCGAAAAUCAUGGGCCUCGAGGGAGAGCAGGUUCAUCAAAGUGGAUCAGGGUGGUCUCCAGUGUAUGUUGAAGAAAACCUAGGUGUCAUGUCGGUGGGAUUCCUGUUGAGCAGCCCUGAUGAUGCUGUUAUUUGGAGAGGACCAAAAAAAAAUGGGAUGAUUAAGCAAUUUCUUCGUGAUGUGGACUGGGGUGAAAUUGACUACCUGAUUGUAGAUACUCCUCCAGGAACGUCAGAUGAACAUUUAUCAGUAGUACAAUUUCUCAGCAGUGCCAGAAUAGAUGGGGCAGUGAUCAUCACCACCCCACAGGAAGUGGCGCUUCAGGAUGUCCGGAAAGAGAUCAACUUCUGCCAUAAGGUGAAGCUACCUGUCAUUGGAGUUGUUGAAAAUAUGAGUGGCUUCGUAUGCCCAAAAUGUAAGAAAGAGUCCCAAAUAUUUCCUCCCACAACUGGGGGUGCAGAGAUGAUGUGCCGCACCUUAAACGUGCCUCUCCUGGGAAAAGUGCCUCUUGAUCCUCAAAUAGGAAGAAGUUGUGACAUAGGACACUCUUUCUUAUCUGAAGCACCAAAUUCUCCAGCUACUCUGUCCUACAGGAACAUUAUCCAAAGAAUCCAGGACUACUGUAACCAGAACUCCCCACAGGAAGAAAAAACCAUUUGAGUAGCAAAUAAAUGGGGAUCCUUUAUGCAUAUCUAUACAGGUGUACAAGUAUGUAUAUGCAAAUAAAUGUCUUUGAAUAAUACU